ACGGUUCACUUGUCAUUUCUGGGUGAGGAAACAAGAAGACUGCUACUUUCCAACCGGUGUAUCUGUAGCCAAUUGGGUCUAUUGUUGAGUAGAAAAUAGUCGUUACUGCAAUGGAUAAAACGUUAACGCUGUACUCAGACAAAGCCGAAGACGUCGCGACGUCCUCUAGUUUUCGCCAGUUUAAAAUAGAGCAUUUUCAUCUCGACCUGAAAGUGGACUUUUUGCAAAAAUCUAUAUCAGGAACCGAGACGAUACAACUGCAGUGCAUUCAAGACAGUCAAAGUGAGUUACAGCUAGAUAUUCAUCCAACUCUGUCUGUUCAUGAAAUCACACUGAGCCAGAAUGCACGUGACUGGACCAGAACAGAAUUCCUGACUCAGGAUUUCACCAGUUACGGGACAACACUGGUGGUGAAGUUUCCCACUGCUUUCAGCGCCGAUGACAAACUUCAGCUUGCAAUCAGAUAUACAGCUACUGAUGGGCCAGGGGUGUGUUGGCUGGAACCGGAGCAGACAGCGGGAAAGCUCAAGCCUUAUGUUUUUACGCAAGGCCAGGCUGUUCUCAACCGCUCCUGCUUCCCAUGCUUUGAUACUCCAGCAGUCAAGAGCACCUACUCAGCAGCAGUUCAGGUGCCUGAUGGCUUCACGGCAGUUAUGAGCGCUAAUAAAUGGGAGCAGAGGAAAGCGGACGGUGCUUUUCUCUUCACUAUGGAGCAUCCCAUUCCUGCUUAUCUGGUAGCACUGGCAGUGGGAAACCUGCAGUCUGCGGAAGUGGGACCCAGGACACGUGUUUGGACCGAACCUUGUUUACUACAGGCAGCCAAGCAGGAGUAUGAUAAUGUGAUUGAAGACUUCCUGUCUGUCGGAGAGAAACUGUUUGGACCUUACGUUUGGGGAAGAUAUGAUGUGCUUUUCAUGCCUCCGUCGUUCCCGUUCGGUGGGAUGGAGAACCCCUGUCUGACAUUCGUGACCCCCUGUCUGCUGGCCGGCGAUCGCUCUCUCGCUGAUGUCAUAGUGCACGAGAUCUGCCACAGCUGGUUUGGAAACCUGGUCACCAAUGCCACAUGGGGGGAUUUCUGGCUGAAUGAAGGCUUCACCAUGUACGCCCAGCGCAGGGUCUGCAGGGAGCUCUAUGGAGAGGCGUAUACGUGUUUGGAAGCAGCGACUGGUAAAGCUCUCCUGCGUCAGCACAUGGACAAUACUGGAGAAGAUCAUCCUCUCAAUAAACUACGGGUUAAGAUUGAGCCGGGUGUCGAUCCUGAUGACACCUACAAUGAGACGCCCUAUGAGAAAGGAUUCUGCUUUGUGUCCUACCUGGCACACCUGACAGGAGAUCAGUCACGCUUUGACACAUUCCUCAAGGCUUAUGUGGAGAAGUUCAAGUUCAGAAGUGUGCUGGCAGAGGAUGCGCUGGAGUUUUACCUGGAGUAUUUCCCAGAGUUGAAGGAAAAGAACGUCCACAAAAUUAAGGGUCUGGAUUUUGACAGCUGGCUCAAUGUUCCUGGUUGGCCUCCAUACGUCCCUGACCUCUCCGCUGGCCAGACUCUGAUGAAACCAGCCGAGCUGUUAGCAGAAAAGUGGCUCAGCCAUAACCUGGACUUGGAAUCCAUCUGCAAAACUGAUUUAAAAUCAUGGAAGACCUACCAGACCGUCUACUUCUUAGACAGGAUCCUUGAGAAGUCACCUCUUCCUGAUGGUAACCUAAAGAAACUUGAAGAGUGCUACUCGCAUAUCAUUGAGUCCAACAAUGCGGAGCUGAAAGUGCGAUGGGCUCAGAUUGUUGCAAAAAACCAGCACACUCCAGGAUUCCAGCACAUUCGGGAUUUCCUCACAAGCCAGGGGAAGCAGAAGUACACUUUGCCUGUGUAUCGGGCACUUUGGAACGGAUCAGAGGAGACAAAGGCUUUGGCGAUGGAGAUGUUUUCUGCCACCUCCGGUCAGCUCCACGUCAAUGUUCGCAAUUAUGUUAAAAAGAUAAUAGCUUGAACAUGAUAAAAUUGGAAAAAU